GAAUAAGUAAAAGAGAAGACAAAUUGUGAAUGGGCCUCUCUUCCUCCUCAUGAGCGCCGUGGGCUUCUUCAAUCUUCUUACAACUCCGGCGCCCAUUUCUGCUUCCAAUCCUCCGUUGCGAUUCCUCAUUUCUCAGCGUCUAAAAUCAACUUCAUCUAACUGCAACAUCUCGGAUGCUUUCAUUUUUACUACCCUCCAGACUCCAUCACUCAGAACCGCAAUCUCUUCCAUGGCGGACUUCGAUUAUAGCUUUGUGAACCCAGCUGUUGCUGAAAUUAUUGUUGUAAGGCACGGUGAAACAGCUUGGAAUGCCGAUGGGAGAAUUCAGGGACACCUGGACGUUGAAUUAAAUGAAGCUGGGCGACAGCAAGCUGUUGCAGUUGCUAAUCGGCUGGCCAAGGAGCCUCCACUCUCUGCUGUCUACUCUUCUGACUUAAAAAGAGCUCUUGAAACAGCACAGAUAAUUGCCACCACUUGUGGUAAUCUUGAGGUUAUUACAGAUCCUGACUUGAGGGAAAGAAAUUUAGGAGAUCUUCAGGGUCUUGUGUACCGUGAAGCAGUCCUAACAAACCCUGAAGCUUCUGAGGCUUUGAGGUCUCACAGGUCAGACCAAACAAUUCCGGGUGGUGGAGAAAGCCUUGACCAACUUUAUCAGCGUUGCACAUCGUCAUUGCAAAAGAUUGGAAAUAAGCAUAGAGGGCAACGAGUAGUUGUGGUCUCUCAUGGUGGUACGAUCCGAGCGCUGUGGAAACGAGCUCAUCCUCACAGGCAUGGAGGUGGAGGAAAGAUACUGAAUACAUCCGUGAAUGUAUUUCACUUGUCUGAUGGAGAUAAAUGGAAGAUAAAAACAUGGGGUGAUGUUAGCCAUCUUGACCAGACAGAUUAUCUGCAAUCUGGAUUUGGAGGAGAUAAAAAUUCUGGUUAGGUAGACACGGUUCCACGUUACAUUAUAUUGUGUCAUGUCGGUGUCAUUUGAUUCAAGCACAGGCAAGUGAGAAAUCAUUUGGCUAGUUUGAGCAUUAACAUGCUCAGUCCUAGAGAGUUCAUGCAAGCCUGCCAUUAUCAUACCAUAUUCCGACCAAAAUUAAUUAUGUUACAUUAUUUUUUUUAUUGUAAUAACUUCUAAAAUGUGGAGAAAAUUCAGACUAAUCUCAUAUUAAGGAAGAAAAAUAGUUACAUACAAGUUUGACUUUGAGAA